AUGGCUAUAAGCCACUUACAUGAUCUAAGUUAUAAUUCUGAAGAUUUAGAUUCUAAAGGCUCUGCAUCCUUAUACCCUUGUAAAAGCUCUGAACUAGGAGUAAAAAAAUUCGUUGAGUAUCGGUUGACUGAGCGAGAGCGAGCAAUUGCGCAUGGAUAA